CAAUGACUCAUGAACUCUGGACUGAAUGUCUGCGAGCGGAUGAUACCGAUAGAUCACUUUAAUUAUCAGAAUAAGGAUGUCGGACUCAGAGGAAAUGUCCGAGUUCGCGAGUCUCGUGGAGCGCAUUGAGAGAGGCGAGGUGCCGAUGAAGAACAUCGAGCGAGAGUUGAUCUGUCCCAUCUGUAAAGAGCUCUUCACUCAUCCGCUCAUCUUGCCCUGUCAACACAGCGUCUGUCACAAGUGUGUGAAAGAUGUUCUCCUGCCCAAUCACGAGGACUCGUUCAGCACAGACGCCGGAUCGGAGAGCUCGAACCCGGGCAGUCCUCGCUCCAGAGUUCCCUCUCCCAGUCUGGAGAAGCUGGACCGACUGAUGCGAUCAGCUUCACUGAGAAGGUCGUUUGGAGGGAGAGGUAGAUGUGGGUUAAAUCAUUUAAUUAGUUCUAGGUCCAUUUCUUCUCCGGGAUGGAGGCGUUCUUCUGUCACACCUCGCGUCACCACAUUCCCUUGUCCGGGCUGCCAGCACGACAUCGAUCUCGGCGAGCGAGGGAUCAGCAUGCUCUUCCGCAACUUCACGUUGGAGAGUAUCGUGGAACGCUAUCGUCAGGCGGCGCGUGCGGCCGUCGCUAUCAUGUGCAACAUGUGCAAACCGCCUGUUCAGGAGGCCACCAAGAGCUGCAUGGACUGUAAGGCCAGUUACUGCAACGAGUGCUAUAAGAUGCACCACCCGUGGGGAACGCCUAAAGCCCAGCACGAGUAUGUGGGACCCACAACCAACUUCAGACCAAAGGUGUUAAUGUGUCCUGAACACGAGAUGGAGAAAGUCAACAUGUACUGUGAGGUGUGUCGACGGCCCGUGUGUCAUCUGUGCAAGCUCGGUGGUUCUCACGCUAAUCACAAAGUCACAUCGAUGAGCAGCGCCUACAAGAUCCUGAAGGAGAAGCUGUCGAAGAGUAUCCAUUACUUAAUCAGCAAAGAGGACCGAGUGCGGACUCAGAUUUCAGAACUGGACGUGUUGAUCCAUCAAAUGGAGGACAAUGGGCAGCUCGCCGAGAAACACGUAAACGAACACUUUGAACGACUCUUUGAGACUCUUCAAGAGAGAAGGAGCGAGAUGUUGAGAUCCAUCGAGCAGUCGAGGAAUCUGCGAGUGGAGCGACUGCGAGCACAGGUGGAGGAGUAUCAGGGCAUGCUGGAGAACAGCGGUUUAGUGGGAUACGCACAGGAAGUCCUGAAGGAAACCGAUCAGUCCUGCUUCGUUCAGACGGCCAAACUGCUGCACGUCAGGAUUCAGAAAGCCACUGAGUCAUUGAAGACGUUUCAGCUGGCGGCAAACACGUCGUUUGAUGACUUUGUGUUGGACACGUCGAAGGAAGAGUUUUUACUGAAGGAGCUGAGCUUCAAUGGCGUUCCCGACCCUCCUGUGAUCGACCUGUCACGCUGUCGCAUUUAUAACGAAGGUUUGAUCCACUGGUGUCUGUCUGAAGACUCUCUGCCCACUGAUCAUCAUAUGGUGGAGUUCAGGAAGUUUGGUGGGGAGGAUGACGAGGAGUCACACUGGCAGUCGACGGAGCGUGUGUACGGCUGCAGUACGGUGGUGUCUGAUCUCGACAGCGACUCGUGUUACGCGUUCAGAGUGAAAAGCUGCCGAAACAACAUGUUCAGUCCCUGCAGUCCUGAGGUGACCCUCAACACCCCUCCAGCAGCAGUGUUCAACUUCCUGUUUAAUGAGAAGUGUGGAUUCAGCGCCGAGCGACUGCAGCUCAGCAAACGGCGGGAUUCUGUGGAGAGCGUCGCGGGAAUGAGUUUCCUGUUGUCUGCUGAACGCGUCCAGACGGGGAGUUACAUUUGUCUUGAUUACAUCAUCGGUGACACGGGCAUCUCGUAUGGCCGCCAUUACUGGGCAUUCCGUGUGGAGCCAAGUUCAUAUAUGGUUAAAGUGGGCGUGGCCUCGGACUCCAAACUGACUGAGUGGUUUCAUAAUCCACGAGAUACAAGCAGCCCCAGGUAUGAUCAUGACAGCGGUCAUGACAGCGGGAGUGAAGACGCUUGUUUUGAGACGUCACAGCCCUUCACACUCGUCACUGUCGGUAUGGGUCGACUCUUCAUCCCGAAAGCUUCCAUCACUGCAGCCUCAGGUGACCACGGCAACCGUAUCCUGCCCAUGCCGCAGAGAAUCGGAGUGUGUCUGGACUAUGACGCCGGUCGAGUGUUUUUCUAUGAUGGCGACACCAUGCGCUGCCUGUACGAGAGGCAGGUGGAGUGUUCCGGUACCAUGUUCCCGGCAUUUGCACUGUUGGGCGGCGGGGCGGUUCACCUGGAAGAAUUCAUCACGGCCAAACGACUGUCAUACAUGUGAGAGAGAUUGUUGUUCUGUUUGUUUCUCUCUUGUCCCUGAAUAACGGCAGAUUAUUAGUCGGAUCGGCCCGUGACGUUCUGUCUGAAUCUGGUUAAAGAGGCAAGUGUUCGAUCUUUAGUGCCUUUAAUGACAUCAGCUGAACAUCAGGGUUACACCGUAAUGUCAAUGUGCACUAAUACUGUUGAUGAUAUUCUGUCAUAAUUUACACAUAUUAAAUGAUGUAAACACUGUAUACAAGAAUUCACUACUGAACACAAUCAUUUGUGCACUAAUAUGUAAUAUUUAAUAGCUUUAGCACCUGCAGUACAAAGAGAUGUUUAAAAAGAAAACAAUCAAAUACGAAGACCGUCUGUCCCGGGACAUUUCUGUAAAUGAUUGUGUGCUCUAGAGUUUCGUAAUAAGAACUGCACAUUAUUCAUUUCCUCCACAUUAAAAACAUUUCUUGUUAGUUGAAAUGUAGCCUGUGAAGUGCUGCUCAAUCGCAACCAAAAUAUGAUUUCUACGAGGCGCACCGUAACACCUUAAAUAUACAUAUGCACCAUUAUUAACACGGCAAAUGUGUUACUGAAGUAACUGGAAUAAUUCAUAUGGCCUUAUUGAAUAAUCGCAGGCUUGUUGCUUGAUUGAAGACUAGAUUAAAAGGGUUUUUUGGUGAUUCGGUGGGUUUGAAGUUUCCUACCUCUUAUUUCAGUCUCUGAAACUUUCAUUUGUAAUUGUGCUGCGUUAGUCGUGUUGAUUUCUCUGCGUUAGAGGAGGUGGCAUCGAUUGGGAUCUUCUGAUUCGGCAAGUUUCAGAUGUUUGAUUUUAGCAUUUUAGGGAUAUUAGUGUUAUUUUGUUGUUUAUUUCUUCAAAAGCCGAUACAAAUAAUUUUGACUAAUAAAAUAUUAAGAGAUGUAACCGCAUAAGAGGAAAAGGAAAAUGGUCACACUGUUUCUUGUAGAAUUUUUAUUUUAGUUUCUCAUGAUGUUUUAGUCGAUUAGGUUUGACAUGUUUGUGAUCAUUUUAUGUGUUCAUGUAUCGUAUUAGUGAUGUCUCUAAAUAUACAACAGAAAGUGUGUGUGUAAAUGAGCAUUAGAAGUGUCACCAUUUCUCCAUUAUUUUGUCUGAUUACAGGUUUAUUUUCACUUUUAUUGUCACAUGGUCAUUAUUAGAGGACGUUUUUGAUGUUGUAAGGGUAAGUGUGUUAUGAGUGUUUCAUGUCACUAAAUGUCUUGUUUCUUGUAAAUGUUAAAGCGGUUCUUCAGUGGAUUUUUGCGGGUUGUAAUGUAUAUUACUGAACUAAAAGUUCUUGAUCACGUACUGAUAAAUAAACCACUUGAGUUGUCAAGCACUUUAAAGCAUGUCAGCAGGUGCAAUAUGAUGUAGAAGACAGGUGUCGCUGUGAGUGUGAUGCUUUAAUGGAAAUAAUCAGCUGUCUGUCACCUGUAUCUAUCUGCUUUGAGUUUUAAUGUACUGUUUGGCCUUCUGUAUAAAAUAAAGGAAUGUAAUUUUAGCUGAA